AUGAUUUUAGCUGUAUUCUCAAUAUUCUUUGGAUUUAUAACAAAGGAUAUGUUUAUAGGAUUGGGUUCAGGAUUCUUUUCAGAUAAUGCUUUAUUUAUACAUCCUUCUCAUGAGAUAAUGUUAGAUACUGAAUUUGGAGUGCCAACUCUAUUUAAACUAUUACCUUUAUUAUUUACUAUUUCAUUAAGUGUAAUAGCCAUAGUGUUGUCUGAAUACUUAUCUACAAUAUUAAUAUAUUUCAAAUUAUCUAGAGUAGGUUAUAACGUAUUUAGUUUCUUUAACCAACGUUUCUUAAUAGAGUUAUUUUAUAACAAGUACAUUACUGGUACUAUACUAAACCUUGGUGGACAAACUACUAAAGUUAUAGAUAAAGGAUCCGUAGAGUAUAUGGGACCAUAUGGACUAAAGAAAGGUAUAUUGAAUAUAAGUAAAAAUAUUGCUAGAUUGAGUACAGGAGUUAUAACAUCUUAUGCAUUAUACACCUUGAUAGGGUUAAUAGCUUAUCUUUUAUGUAUUUCAUUUCCUAAGGCUACUAAUUUUAUACUUUUACUAGUCUUUACUGGAGGUUUAGCCAUAUAUGGACGUAAAUCUCUUGGACCGGUUAUUAGUUAUGAGAUCCGUUUCUAG